CCACCUUUGUCUGAACAAGAAUCAUGAUUCAUGUCCCCUGUACAUUUCUUCUCUCUCUCACACUCUCUCUUCAGUCUUCCCAAAUCCAAACCCAAACCCUAGUUCAUCCCAGCAAUGACAAAGCCCAAAUGCACCAUCAAUACAACUUCACCUUUCAACUUAUCAUCAUCAUCACCACCUUUCCCUUUUCAUCUCACCCUCAAACGUUUACACCCAUCCAUUCUAACCAAACCUUCACUCAAAAUCCUCUCUUCUCAACAAUCCCAAUCUUCAGAUCAACCCUUUUCUCUAAUCUCCAUCAUCCGCACCAUUCCAGACUGGGCCGACAGCGUUAAAGAGAAUCGAAUGAAACAAAACCGUCCCUUAUACAACCACGACGAUUGGGUAGAACACAGAAGCUCGACCAGACACAUUCGACAUCUUUUAUCAAGCCUCUCUUCUCGUGUCAUCCUGUCUCUAGUUCCUCCUGUUUUUGUCCUGACUACAGUCGCCGCCUUCGUUGCUAGCUAUAACACCGCCGUGUCAAUGCACUUGCUACCUGAGUUUUUACCUGUUUUGAGAGCUUCGUCGUUGCCUUAUCAGCUGACGGCGCCGGCUCUGGCUCUGUUACUGGUUUUCAGAACGGAGGCUUCUUAUUCAAGGUUGGAAGAAGGGAGGAAAGCUUGGAUAAAGGUGAUUGUUGGGACUAAUCAUUUUGCUAGACAAGUGAUGGCGAGUUGUUCAAGUGAUUCUUUGAUGAAGAAGACACUUUUAGAGUAUAUUAUUGCUUACCCAGUAGCACUCAAGUGUCAUCUGAUUCAUGGUUCGAAUAUUGAGAAAGAUUUACAAGGUAUACUCGAAGUUGAUGAUUUGGAUGUAGUUUUGAAAUCGAACCAUUCUCCUCGCUGCAUUAUUGAAUUCAUCUCUCAAUCUAUUCAGUUAUUGAAUGUUGAGGAUUCCAAAAGGAAUUUGUUGGAAUCAAAUAUGAGUUACUUACAUGAAGGAAUUGGUGUUUGUGAGCAGUUGAUAGGAAUACCAAUACCUCUUUCCUAUACUCGCUUAACCUCUAGAUUUCUAGUCCUUUGGCAUCUUACUCUUCCUAUUAUACUAUGGGAUGAUUGCAACUGGAUCGUCGUUCCAGCUACUUUCAUAAGCGCAGCUUCACUUUUCUGCAUCGAAGAGGUGGGUGUUCUUAUUGAAGAGCCAUUCCCAAUGCUUGCACUUGAUGAACUCUGUAAGAAGGCUCGGCAGAGUAUUCAGGAAGCUGUUUCAUCGGAAAAGUUGGUUCAGGCGAGGCUUAGAGCUAAAAGAAAGGAGGAGCAAUCAAGUGAACAGACAUCAUCAAAUGGUUGGCCAAAUUCAUAAUAAUUUUUUCCUCUAUAUAUAAUCCAGCUGCCAAAUGUAUAUUUAUAAUGAACAGGAGGAGGCCUACUUGUAUAGUUAAUUAGCUUUAGAGUUUAGCAAAUAGGACACUUAAUUAAAGUGACAAGUAAUCCUUCAUCUUGUUGAAAAUGUAUUAAAUGAAUGGCUGGACAUUUCCAUUAAUUGGUUAUAGACUGUUCAUAGAUCAUCAAAUGGAAUGAAAAGUUGGUCCAUGUAAUUAUAUCACUAAAUAUUAUCUUAAUAGACUUAUUUAUACUUCA